UUGCGCAAGAAACGGACAGACAUCAUGUAAAAAUAAAAAAAACAAACAUAAACAAAACAGAAAAUGACAGAAGCUCAAGACGAAAAUCAAACCAUAGUUAACAACGGUACUAAAAUAGACGAUUUUUAUUUUUUUGCGACUGCACAAUUCAGCCUACUAUGGAUUCUUUUUAUUAUAAUCGUGGCCGGAAACGUAGGUGUUUUAUAUACAUUGAUUUUCGGCAGAUCUAGAAAGAGCCGAAUGAAUUAUUUUAUAACCCAUUUGGCUCUCGCAGAUCUAAGCGUUGGUUUAAUUAGUGUUUUAACGGAUAUAAUAUGGAAAAUAACAAUUGCGUGGCAUGCAGGCAAUAUUGCAUGCAAAUUGAUCAGAUUUUUGCAGGUGGUCGUAACAUAUGCAUCAACCUAUGUUUUGGUAGCUUUAAGUAUAGAUCGUUACGACGCAAUUCGUCACCCUAUGAGAUUUUCAGGGAGUUGGAAACGUGCUAAAGGUCUAAUAUUAGCUGCAUGGUUCUUCAGUGUACUAUUCUCAAUACCCAUUUUGAUUUUCUACAAAGAAGAAUUUCGUUUUAACGUAUGGCAAUGUUGGAUCGAUCUUGGCGAGAACUGGAAGUGGCAACUCUACAUGACACUGGUCUCCGUGUCAAUUUUUAUCAUUCCUGCGGCAAUUAUAGCUACCUGCUAUGCAGUUAUUAUUGUUACUAUUUGGUCCAAAAACGCCAAAGGAUUCGUAAAAACUACUAAAAUAACCAAUGGGUCUGACAAUUCCAGGAGAGCUAGUUCCAGAGGAUUGAUACCAAGAGCCAAAGUCAAAACUAUCAAAAUGACAUUUGUUAUCGUCAGCGUUUUUAUAAUUUGUUGGAGUCCGUAUAUAAUUUUUGAUUUGCUGCAAGUUUUCGGGCAGAUACCACGCUCUCAAACUAACACAGCCAUAGCCACACUGAUCCAGAGUUUGGCACCUCUAAAUUCAGCAGCCAAUCCUAUUAUUUACUGCCUAUUUUCUACACACUUUUGUCGCACUUUAUGGUCACUACCUCCAUUUAAAUGGCUGUUUAAAAAGAAGAAGAAAAGGAAUGGGGAGUCCACAACAAAUACACAAAGCAGUUCUUUAUCCGAAUUCUCCACCAGCACCAACAGGAGAAAAAUUCAAAAUCUGUCUUCAUUCAUCAACGCCCAUUCAGUAUUAGUUCAUUAGAAACCAAAUGGUGUAUAAUAUUUAUAACUGUUAUUGAAUAAAUGUAUUUAUUUUCUAUUUCAAUGUAUAAUAAUAAUUAUUUGUAUUGUAUUUAAUUGUGAUCAUAUUAAAACAAUGACACAAUA